AUGUGGAGAUGCAAUGAGGAUCCGGCAAAUUUGCACUACAAUGGAACCGGAACAACUCCUGACUUACUCCUGGCUUCGAGCGACAUCAGUGAGCAUACACGCCGCAAAAUAAUUGAAGAUCCUGGUUCUGGUCACAAACCAGGCAAAAUAAUUGACGAUCCUGGUUCUGGUCACAAACCAGUGUUGCUAGUAUUAUGCAGCAAAAGCAUGACAACAAAAGUAUCAACUAAGCUAUCGUGGAACUUCAAGAAGGCUGACUGGCCAAGAUUCACAAACCUUUUGGAGAAUGAACUUCACACAAGUCCCCUCAACUUCAACCAACAUCCUGACAAACUUUGCACUGAUUUCACGAAUAUUAUGAUCACAUGUGCAAAGAAAACUAUUCCCCGAGGCAAAACUAAACACUAUCGAGUGUUUUGGCCUAAACACCUUGAGGAACUGAAAAGAAAGCGGGAUGCCCUUCGCAACACUGCUGAUCAGACUGGAAGAACGGAAGACGUACAAGCCUGGAGACGACAAUCAGCUGUCCUAAGGCAAGCCACCUUACAAGCUAAACACACUUCCUUCGACAAGUCCAUCUCAAAUAUCAACUAUUAA